AAAAAAUAAUUGGUCUCCAAUUUUGAGUGGUUAUAUAUGCCUGUGUUCUAUCAACGCAGACUUUCCAGUCCUUGAGCUGCUGCAUCUUGGACUAAGCUUUUUCAUGCAAUCAAGCCUCAUAAUCUCACCAAACCCUUCCUUCUGAGUCGCCGGAACUUCACCGAGCUGUGUCACAACACAGCUCUCCCAGCGUUCUCCCAAACACUUCAAAACAUGUCGGUCGCUAACGCCGACACACCUCCGGCCCUAUCGGAGGCCUCGACGGUCGGGGACACGCACGCCCCCGACGUCGAGAAGAGCAGCAGCCCAACCGACAGGGCUCGCUGGGUGGCUAACCCACCGGAGCCGCCUGGUCUAUGGCGCGAGCUUGUAGAUUCUCUCCGAGACACCGUCUUUCCCGAUCCGACCAAGCUUCUGAUCUCCAUCAAGAAGAAGACCGGAACUCCGCUGGUUGCUUCCGUUUUCCAGGCCUUCUUCCCAAUCCUCUCCUGGGGUCGGAACUAUAGCGCUAUCAAGUUCAAAAACGACGUCUUGGCCGGUUUGACUCUUGCCAGCCUGUGCAUUCCACAGAGUAUUGGGUAUGCAACUUUGGCGAAGCUUGAACCACAAUAUGGCCUGUAUACGAGCAUUGUGCCGCCGCUUGUUUACGCCGUUUUGGGAAGUUCAAGGGAAAUAGCCAUCGGUCCGGUGGCCAUAGUUUCUCUGCUUCUGCCGGCGAUGAUCCAGAAUCUCCAACAUCCCGCCGCCACCGCCGAUCCCGUUUCUUACACAACCCUUGUCCUCACCGCCACUUUCUUCGCCGGAAUCUUUCAAGCCUCCUUCGGACUCCUCCGGUCUCUCUCUUAUACUUCUUUUUCUUCCAAAAAUUCUUUCUUUCCCUUAUUAAUCGUGAUGGCGAUCACGGUGAUGGUGUCGCUGGAGCUGUUCACAAAGCUGCUCUACUUCACUCCUAACGCCAUUCUCGCUUCCAUUAUUCUCUCCGCUCUUCCAGGCCUCGUCGAUCUCCACGAAGCUUACAAUAUUUGGAAGAUCGAUAAGCUCGAUUUCUUCGCCCUCCUUGGAGCUUUCGUCGGAGUCCUGUUUUUUUCCGUCGAAAUCGGCCUCCUGCUUUCGAUUGUGAUAUCAUUUGCGAAGAUAAUAGUGAUCUCGAUCAAACCUGGGGCAGAGAUUUUGGGGAAAGUUCCUGGAACUGAUAACUUCUGUGAUGUUCAUCAAUAUCCAAUGGCUGUGAAUACUCCUGGAGUUUUCAUUGUUCGUGUUAAAUCUGGCUUGCUUUGCUUUGCCAAUGCCAACUUCGUCAAACAUAGAAUUCAGAGGUACAUCAGCAGCCAAGAAGAUGCCUCAACAAAGAGACCCAUUCACUUCAUAGUCAUUGAUCUCUCCAAUUUGAUGAACAUUGACACUUCAGGAAUUGCUUCUCUAGAAGAACUGCACAAAAGUUUGGCCGCCACUGGAAUAGAGUUGGCCAUUGCAAAUCCAAAAUGGCAAGUGAUUCACAAGCUAAAGGUAGCAAAUUUUGUUGCCAAGCUCAAGGGGAGGGUGUUCUUGAGUGUUGGGGAAGCUGUGGAUUCAUGCCUUUCAGCUAAAAUGGGAGACAUCUAAAAGCACCAAACCCAAGUAACUGAAAAAUAGAAUAAAAAAACACCCUUUUCUCAAUGCCAAUGUGUAAUAAAUCAUAAAAUUACCAAUGCUACUACUCAUGUUUUGUUGUCACUCUUUGUUUCUUUUGAUGUGUGUGGAUUAUAAUUAAUCCUAUGUUGAUGCUCCAUGGAGCCAAAGAAACAAAUGGGUUAUCACCAAUUGAACCCAAUUGUUUUCCCUUAUGGUAUUGUAUGUAUGAUGUGUGUGUGUAAAAUAUGUAUAAUAAUAAUUACUGGUUUUUAACUUGUGUGUUUCUUUGUUA